AAAGAGGCGGGUUCGGCUGGAUGGAGCAUCACUCUGUCAAGUCGAUGGAUGUCCCUAUAACCAAAACGAUCAGAUGAGUCGGAUGCUGGACCGUGAACAGACACAGAGUACCACACAGGUAGCAAAACCCCCUCAAUCAGGAGUGCAAACUAGCAAAAACAAAAUAAAACAAGUGAAUUGAUCGGUGUAUUUAUCUGUAAAAGUGCAAAUAAGUGAUAAAUAUCUCACCAUCAUCGGCAUGAUGCAAGCACAGCAAGUAAGCUCUGGCCAACUAGCCGUUCAGAAUCUCUACGUUCUUGCUGAUAGCUCUGGAAUUCCUCAUAGUGCUGGCAGCUCAGCAAGCAAUUCACCGAAUCAUUACGAACGUUAUUCACCAAACAAUCUUAUGGAUCUCAGCAGUCCGUCGGAUCAUCGUGGCUUACCCGAGUUCACACGAUCUCAGCAUACACUCCAAGCAUAUCAGCCACUGGCAAAUAAUUAUCAGUUCUACGAGAAUUACGAUGAGGAGAAGAGAUUUCAUGAUGUACAACAGCCUGAACAGAAGUACAAUCCGUACGAAAAAAAUAUGUCGACGUUUGAUUACGACAGAAAUUCACCGAGUUUUUUAUCCGAGCACAGUCGUGAGAAUGAACACAAUAUUUACCUCGCUGCUUCAUCACCAACCCCCGGUAUUUAUCAAUCACCAGGCUCCAGGGGCAACAAGAUAUCCUCGAGUCAGUCACCGAGACUCACGAUAUUUGAACAAACGAGUGAAUCUUCGAUUGAGUAUAAACCGACAAUCCACAGUGAAUUUCACAUGAGCUCAUCCAGGGCUAUUCACAAAGAACUUGUACAGGAUUCUGUGUUAUCCAAUGGAGGAGAAACAUCGGUGACAAUGAGAAAUUAUAACGGUAUUAAAUUGCAAAAGACUAAUGGAAAAAGAAAGAGAAAAAUUAGUUGUGAUACUGGUAAUGAUUCGGAAUGUGAGAGUAUCGAAUCGUCGACAGCAUCGAAGGUUAAAAUACGACGGAAAAAUACGGGAAGCUUCGAGGAUCUUCAGACACAGAGAGUUAUGGCCAAUGUCAGGGAGAGACAGAGGACACAGAGUUUGAAUGAAGCUUUUACAAAUUUAAGAAAAAUCAUACCCACUUUGCCUAGUGACAAAUUAAGUAAAAUACAAACUUUGAGACUUGCAACACGAUAUAUUGAUUUUCUCAAUCAGCUCAUCGCACGCUGUCCCAUCGAAGCCCUUGAAAAUCAUCGUGGUAGUGUUGAAGAAAACAGUCAAACGAUCGGAGGAGGCUCGACAGCAUGCAGUUACGUUAUCCACGAACGGCUUUCGCACGCCUUCAGCAUGUGGCGAGUGGAAAGUGAAUGGAACGCGAAUCUCUAAAUAAGUAUUUUUUAAACUAAAAGUUAAUUAUACGUCGAACGAAAGAACAAUCUUCGAGGUAAAAUUAAUUAAUUCAAGAAGAAUCACAAAUAAAUAUAUUUCGCGCAAUUUUUUAUUUUCGCUGGACCGAAAGUAUCAUAAUUGUGCUUGAAAAUGAAAUAUUUUCGUUGUUGAGUCAAGUGGCAAACUCGUGGCGCAUCUUGGGAUCCUAAUCAAGUGGAGAAAUUUGCCGAUACUGACAAACUUAGGGUACUCUGUAAUAAUAGACGCGAUUAUUCUUGGGCUUUUGUGAAGAGCCUUCUGGCACCCUCAUUGUAAAUCAAGAACAAAAAACUAGAGACUGAGAAUUACCCAAAAAAAGAGGAAGCCAAUGGUGUCGGGGGAAGAGCAUUUUUAUGAGAAAUAGGGUAUUCACGUUUUACUUUGUAUUACCGUAAGAAUUUACCAAUAGAGAGAAAAUGGAAGGAAAAAAAAAACGAAAAAUUUCAACAGAACCGAGAGAUGCUUUCGACGGGUAUAUAUCGUGUGAGCAAAAUAUUAUUUUUUCUCAAGAUGACUGCCUGUGAGCAUAGACGGCCGUCUGCCUUUUGCCCUCUCCGUUACGCAUAGUGAGGUUUUGGUAUUCAAAUUUUUUUUUUCUUGUUAUUCUCUUGUCUCUUCUUUCAUUCACACUCGCGUCAAUCUUCAAGACCUGAGGGCCAGAGAAUCGUGUGAAUAUUUCCAAUUUUAAUUUAUUUUUAUGAUUCAGACAUUUUCAGAGAAUAGUUCAGAAACUUUAUUAUAAACAUUCGUAUGUUAUUUCAUGAAUAUGGCGAAAAUGUUAAAUGACUGACACAUGUAUUUUUAAAAAAACAUUGUCAAAAUGAUAAAUUCUGUUGAUCGUGCCAUAAAUUUGACAACAAUGUUUAAAUAAUAGAGGACAUUGCUUGAGCUGUACUUUUCGAAAAUAAUUAUCAUAUUUUAAGACGUUCUAUUCGAUAGAUAGAGAAAGCAUUUCAAUGACGAAGUAGCAGAACGAGAUAAAUUGACGUGUCAGUGAGCUGAGUUUUUCAACAAUAUCUCUGAAUUUAACAGAGCUACCGAAAUUUUGAUAAUGACAUUUGUUGUAGCACUCAACUCGCGCGAUAAAAAAGGUGAUAAUGAAAAAUUUGCUAUCUGUCCUAGAUUUUGAGAGAAUCAUCAAAAACAGUGAAAAAUCAGAAUCAAAAUUCAGUUAUCUUUUACCAUUUCGCUGCUGAUUUUUGUAUGAAACACACGCGUGAUAGAAAAUAUUUUCUAACUGAUCUUAUGAAGGAGUUUAUUAUUUAUUAUAAAGUCAUUUUUGUGUUAGCUUAAACAUCUCAAGUGCCUAAUAAUGCCUUGAAUCAUGCAGUUAAUUUACCAAAGAUGUCAAAUAUUUUUCCAACUAAUAAUUAUCUGUUUCUCAAUUAGACCUAAACAUCAAAUUCUGAUGGGGCACAUAAUAACAAUUCGCGUGUAAGAAAAUAUUCCAAUUCUCCACAGCAAGAAUAUUGGAUGUGGCAAUAACUUAUUUGGAGUAAUGAACAAUUAUCCAAAUGAAAAUUUAAAAAAAAUACCAUCUUGUAUAUAGAUAUAUGUAGAUAUUUGUAAAAAAAGUAGCAUGUAGUUUACGUUUAUAUAAUAUUAAGAAUAUUCUUUGCCAUUCCUUUUGAAGAUCGUGAACAGGAUUUUAUAAGAAAAAAUGACGAAAGAAAUUGUACAGUAUUUUUGAUACAUUAUCAAAUUUACAAUAAAUCGGAAAAAUGUGUAUAUAUCAACUGAAAUGUAUUAUUCAAUUUUGUAUUAUGUUUGUUAAAAUUACUACACAGCAUAAUAUACAAGCAUUUACAAAUAAUUUAUGUAUCAGCCAUAUUGCUUUGAUGAAUCUGUGGUAAAGUUUUGUUUUGAUUGAUGUGAAAGGUUCAGUCAAAUCAAACUUCCCGAGUAAUCUGUCGGAAUAAUCCUUGCUAAUUCUCCAUUGCGCCAAAAAUACUAUCCAAAUUCAACUAUAAAUAGUAAUCGAUUGUAUAACAAUGUCUACUGGAGAGUUUUACAUUGUUCUUUCGAAAAUUUAAGGGAAACAAUUUAACGUAAACGUGGUGAACACAAACCGGUGCUUUCAUUGUUCUUUUUUAAUUUAUACGAGAUAUAUUUUCAGCUCGUUGUAUAACAUCAUUUGAUAUAUUUUUCACACGGAAGUGCAUUAAUUGUUGCAACGAGGUGACCUCCAAAGAGAAGAUAAUUAUUCAUAGUGGAUAAUUAAUUAAUAACAUUUGUGGGGAGACAUUUUAAAUUGCAAAAUAUAUAAUAGAUUUUUCACAUUCUGUGGAAAAUGUUAUAUUUUUCCCCUAUAUGUGUGCCAGAAUAAAAUUUCCGAAGCAUUUAUUCAUACCGGACGUACUCACCCAUCGCCAUUUUUUCUUCUCCUCACGACCAGAAAUACACUAAGAAAAAAUUCUUUUUGCCGAAUAUUCAUUUGCUUCAGAGAAGUAUUUAUUUUUUUAAUAUUAUAUUUCUUCAGUAAAAUUAUUACAACAGCAGCACUCAUUAGAUUUGAAUUAUGCUUAUUGUAUUAUUUUAGAACAUGAUUAUGUUAGCAAUAGCCUUGAACGAACUCCUUAAAUAAUUAUGAGCAUAACAAAUUUCUAGAAAUUCUUCCCUCCAGAAAAUCAAAUUUAGAAAAAUGAAAAAUUAAACGGAUUUCAUUUCAACUUCCCUGCAACAUAGUCAUUCUCAAGAUCAAUAAGAUUGUCGUUCUUAGAAGCUAAUUAGGCUCCUCUGAGGCUGACGCAACCCAAGAAAUAUAAUUUUGGACAAAUAAAUACUUCUUUCAAGUAAUUAAAUAUUUGGCAUAAAAUUUUUAUUUUCAGUGUUUUUUUUUAGGUUAAUGUUAAUGUACGUUUCACUUGCAAAAUACCAAGACAAUGAAAAAUUAAUUUGACGACAUAUACAAACAUAUUUAUUUAUAUAUGUAAAAGAAAAAAUGGAGAUUCAAUCAGUUUAAAAUUACGGAGUGUUUAAUAAAAAAAAAGGAAUCCAAGUCGUAGGCUCCCUUUUCGGUACACACGUGUAUCUUAUUUGGACAGGGCGGCUUCAGCAGACCCAUAGUUGUCUUCUGGCGCCUGCAUCUCGGUGAUUUAUACAUCGGUAGGCGUGUUGAGGAUGUGGAAGGGGAUGGCCUUCUAGUGUGUGACCGGUUCAAGUG